AUGAAAAAAAAUCAAAUAUUAUUUUUAAUAAUAAAUAAGCUUGAUAUAUAAUUUUUGGUAAUAAAUAACAUAACUUGUUUAGAAAGGAAUUAAGAAUAAAUGUAGUUUGAAGUAACAUAGUAACAUUAGCCAAGCACACUGAAAGAGAAGAUUACUUCUGAAUAUAUUUAGGACUGCUUUUAUGAGGAUAUUAGUAUGGAUAAUAAGAAAAAAACAUUUACUGAAUAUUUGCAAUAAUUUAGUAUAGUAUAUAAUAUUAAAAUGGAUGGAACAAUAGUGAUGAAGUUUUAAUUAGCUUAAGGAGAUAUAGAAGUAGAGCUAUUUUAGCAAGCAAGUAUGCAUUAUCAUACAGAAGAUUACGGUGUUUCAGAAACACCUUAUAUUGAAGAAGAUUAAUUUAUGGGACAUGUUGAAAAGCUUGAAUAUUUAGUUUUUUAGAUAGAAGCAAGAGAAAAAGAAUUUAAGGAAUCUGAUUUAGAUACACUCGCGUUUAUAGCAAAUUUGUUUAAUCACACAUUCGGUGGUCCAAGGUUAGUUGUUAAGCAGAUAAAAGAUGAGUAAAAUAACUCAGCUAAAAGAUUUAUGUUUUGGAUAAAUGGUCACUAUCUAAUAAAUAAAGAAGGAGAGCUUUCAAAAAUUGAGUUCUACGAAAUAAUUUAAGAAAUAUAAUUUAUGACUUUUGUUUAGAGGAUGACUAAAUCACUUUUUUAAAGCUUAGAAAAUGACUAAAUAAAAACUACAAAAGACUAUACAAUCGAUGAUUUGAUCAUUAAAAAUUUUGAAUUUUUUAAAAAGGAAUACAAAUUAAACUAGAAAAAAAAAAGUUAGAAAGUUGAAGAAUUUUAGGCUUUUUUAGAAGAGUAAUUUUGUCUUGAAUAAUUUUGA